AUGGUUAUAAUUUUGUGGCUGAUGUUAAUGUGCAUGUCCAUAUAUAUUAUUGUAGUUGAUACUCAAGGACAACAACGGAAAAGGGGUCGAACUACUCUAAAAGAGUUAUGGACAUUACCUCCUCAAGAAAGGGUUUUAGUGAGUGCCAAUCAGUUAGGACAACCAAUUGGAUCUGAAGCACAAUUAUUGGCUGGAUUUCUAGGUAUGCUUGCUCGAUCCGGACAACAGAUUGGACUCCAAUAUGAGAGCUGGCAUAAAGUGCCAAAAACAUUAAAGGAUGAAUUGUUGAAAUUUAUUGAGUUACGAUUUUCUCUUGAAAUUUCAAGAGAGUAUGUGCUCAAAUCUUUGGGGAAGAAAUGGAGAGAUUACAAGCAUGAUCUAAAAACAAAACAUUUCAGACGAGAACAAGGACUACAGGAUUCAGAAAAACUUGGGAUUGCUAGUAGAAAGCAACAAAAACAUACGCAUACUUCUGGAUCAAAUAGUUUCGCAAGAAAGGAAAAAGAAAUGGAGACUAGCAGUGGAAGAAAAGUAGGACGCCUUGAACUUUUUCGAGCAACCCAUACUAAGAAGGAUGGCUCUCACAUGAUUAUGGAGACCGAACAAAUUAUGGAGAAAGCAAAUGAGAAGUUCGCUGGAUGUCAAACAACAGAUGAAGAUAUGCAAAUGGUUGAAACUGAGAUUUUGACACAAGUUAUUGGAAAAGAACGAUGUGGACGAGUAAGAGGGCUUGGGUUAGGUCCAACACCGAAAAGCUAUUAUGGAGGUUCGAGAAACCGAAAUUCUACUAACUCAAACACUUAA